AUGAGGGAGCUCAUGGACUUGGAAGAGGAGAGAAAGAGAAGAUGUGGAAUAGGCAGUGAUGGAAAUGGACAGAGAACCAAGGAAGAGAAGUUUUCCCGGGAGUCGCCGAAUGGGCUGAAAGGGAAACAGCUUAAAGCUGAAUGUCAGAAAGUGGAAGUGAAUUGGCUGCUGCAUGGUGUUGAGGAUUUAGCGGAGAAUUUAGGGACUGGUGGGAAGAAGCGGGUCCAGGCCCCCAAAAAGAUUCAGGAGAAAAGGGGGCUGGAGGGUGGAAUGGGCCCCGGGAGCCUGGGGAAGGAUCUUCAUCCAUUUCAGUGUCCUAUGUUCCUCCGUCAUGUGCGUGCCACUUCAGACAUGGAGAACUUGGGCGCGAGGCCGCCGUCCUGCGCCUGGCGGCGUCGCCUUCCCCAGAGGCCUGAAGAUACAAAGAUGUUCCAUGGAAAAGAGUCAGAAAGAAGAAGUAGCUCUCGAGAAAGGAAACAAACUAGAGGAAGCCAAUUAAAUAAUGUGAACGAGUUUGCUUUCUUAAAUCUGCAUGGAAUGCAUUUAAGCUUACUGGAAGCCUCCCAAUGCUGCAGUUCACUUAGAAUAUGCAUCUUGUCCAAGAAUUUUCUUACAGAUAUGUCUCCACUUCGGAGCUGUACAAAAUUAAUUAAAUUGGAUCUUCAUUCGAAUCAGAUAAGAAUUGUGCCGGAUAAAACAUUUUGGGUUGAAAUGAAGGAAUUAAAACUUCUAUAUCUUCACGAUAAUUCAUUUGUAAAAUUAAAGAAUGUGUGUUCUUUAUCUGCCUGCCCAAACCUGAUGGCCCUCACUCUGUACGAUUGCCCAGUGAGCCUAAAAAAGGGUUAUAGGCAUGUGCUGGUCAAUAGUAUAUGGUCACUCAAAAUCCUGGAUCAUUAUGUGAUUUCUGAUGAUGAAGUGAUUGAGAACUGGACGCUUCCGGAAAGAUUCAAAGCAUUUAACAAGCGGCUUCUCUGUGAUAUCACCUCAGUAGUGGCAAAGGGGACAAACUAUGAAAAAGAGGUGGGCCAGAUGAAUGGCAUUAUUUCAAAGAUAAAUAAAAUUGUUGCCCACAAUUCACCAGUUGUGAUAGUCCAAAGAUGGAUACGUGGACAUUUGACUAGGAGAAUGUGGACAAAACCUUACCUUAAAGGCUUACCAAGGAAAUUUGUUUUGCCUGAAAAAGUAACUAUUAAGCUACCAAAGAAAAAUGAGGGAAAAAGUAUGACAAAGGAAGAUGACAAGUCAGAUAGUGAGACUGAAGAAGAAAAGCCUACUUCACCUGAGAGCAAGGUUAAGAAGUUCCCCAAGGCAAAAAGGGUUCUUAAACCAUAUGAAAUAUUUCCAUUGAAACACAAAGACCUUGUUUCCUGUGCUUUAUCAGAAUUAAGGAAAAAAGAAAGCCCAAUACAGCCCCCAAAGAUAAAACGUCAUAGAGUUGCUAAGGUCUCAGAAGAAAAAAAGACUGUAGAUCAAGAAAUGGGCCUCAAUUUUAGAAUGCCAGUGAUCAAAGUUCAUAUGUCUCUACCAUCCAUUCGUAAAUAUUCUUCAGAACCUAGAGAGAUAAAAAGAGAAAUCUACCACCGUCCAAUUUACAGAUUAUGUCAUUUUAUUGAAGGCCAAUCUAAGUUUAAAAUUAGCCAUCGCUUUGAAAGAGAUAAGAAGAAAGAAGCUACUAGAACACAUGGCACUCUCGACUUUUCCCCACUUUAUAGUAUUGAUAGACAGUAUAACAACAAGGAAAAGGUGGAAAAUGUCCAAAAGAAAAUACAAUUUGUAGCCAUGCUCCAGAUUGCUGACGAAGUUGCUAAUGAAAAUGUUCACGAAUACCUUCAAGAGAAAAAUUACCUUAUUAAAAAAAGAAAUAAAGAACAAAGCAAGAAAUUAGAAGAAAGUUUUCAAAAGUUUCAAGAGACCAGAUUGAGACUGAUGGACAAAUUCCAAGAAAGGAGAAAUUCUUUUCUGGAAGGAGCCAAAUUCAAAGCACAAGAGCGUCUGAUGGUAGGAGACAUGAGCAAUCAGCACACUACACUGGCAAAGGAGCUUUUCCAGUUUGACAGAUACAAGGGGAAACAAGACAUUGUGAUGAAGAAUAAGAGGCUUGUGAAGGAAAUGAAGCACAUGGAUAAAUACAAUAAGGAAUUAGUUAAGCAAAUGAAGAAAGGGAGGAUCAAAGCUAUACAUAAACGACAUGUAGAAGAGCAGUUAAUUAUUCAUACCAUUGCUACUCAGAAAGCUUCUGAUAGAAUUCAAGAAGUCAAAAACAAAGUGGCUGCCAUGAAAAGUCAUCGUGUUCAUGUCAACCUUCCUUACGGACACCCAAAGAAUUCUUUCCUUUCUAGCUCAUUCACAUUCUUGAAGUGA